AUGGGUGCCGCCAAUUCUUUGCACGACACUGUCCGAGAUGCGCCUCUGGGGCAGAUUCUCCGAUUCGCUACCAAUAAUCGCCUCUUCAAAUAUCCAGAAGAACGUCCAGAUUUUGAGCUACCUGCUGCCUGGAAUCAUUUACUCAGCGCUGCCGAUCGCAGGCACACAUGCCACACUGGGACUGAAACCCCCUCGACUAUUGUCAAUCCGCAAUCCGAUCAAAAUACUAUUGAAGUUUCAGAUAUCGAGAGCAAAGGACUCGAUGGUGAUAGGUCUAUUGAUGCUGCACCCACGGUUACCGAGAGCGGAGUCAUUCUGGUCGAUUGGUACUCGGAUCAAGAUCCCGACAACCCGCAGAACUGGUCGAACCUCCGUCGUGCCCUCGUUGGCUUGAUUAUCUGCUUCUACACUUUUGUUGUGUAUCUCAGUUCAGCGAUAUACUCACCCUCAACAGAAGGCGUCAUGGAGAGAUUUGGAGUCAGCAAUCUUGAAGCAACGCUCGGUCUUGCUAUGUAUGUUCUGGGAUACGGCAUAGGUCCGUUGCUAUUCUCUCCCCUCGGGGAGAUCCCCCGUAUUGGUCGAAACCCAGUCUACAUUAUCACGUUCGGGAUUUUUGUUGUCAUUUCCAUUCCAACAGCUUUGGUAGACUCGUUCGCGGGACUCAUCGUCUUGCGCUUUCUGCAGGGAUUCUUCGGAUCUCCAUGCCUGGCUUCAGGUGGUGCGUCACUGGGUGAUAUGUAUGGCAUGAUACAUAUGCCCCUCGCUAUGAUCGCUUGGGUUGGUGCUAUGUCUUGUGGCCCAUCCCUCGGCCCAUUGAUUAGUGCCUACGCCGUUACAGCAAAGGGGUGGCGUUGGUCCUUGUAUGAGUCCAUUUGGGUCUCAGCGCCAGUACUAAUUGCUCUCUUCGUUUGCAUGCCAGAAACAAGCGCUCCUAACAUCCUCCUUCGACGGGCCCAAAGGCUGCGCCAGUUUGCGGGCAGCGAGAGGCUUCAGUCCCAGAGCGAGAUCGAUCAGGCACAUCUUACAGUCUCGGGGAUAGCUGUAGACGCCUUGAUCAAGCCCCUAGAAAUCACCAUCAAAGACCCAGCUGUCUUGUUUGUACAGGUAUAUGCGACAAUCCUCUAUGCUAUAUAUUACUCUUACUUCGAGGUCUUCCCAUUGGUCUUUCCUGUCUAUUACGGCAUGACUCUUGGAGAGGUCGGGCUUGUUUUUAUCUGCAUCGCCGUUGGAUGCAUCUUGGCUAUCAUCCUGUACGGCUUAUACCUCUAUUACGUGCUCAUACCACGGAUGAAGAAGUCUGGUAUCGCACAACAAGAGGAAGUGCUCUCCCCUGGACUUGCUGCCUGCUUCGGCCCGACUAUUGGUCUGUUCAUAUUUGCUUGGACAGCUAGGGUUUCCAUACACUGGAUCGUGCCAGUUAUCGGAGUCACAAUCUAUGCUGGCUCGAUCUUCACCGUGCUACAGGUAGUAUUUCUUUAUAUUCCCAUGACCUAUCCUCAAUAUGCGGCUUCCUUGUUCGCAGCCAAUGACUUCUUUAGAAGUGCCUUAGCCAGCGGCAGUAUUCUGUUUGCUCAUCCGCUUUACAAGAAUCUGGGCUUUGCUAAAGGCACAAGCCUUCUUGGCGGUCUAAGCGUCAUUGGCAUCUUUGGCAUGUGGGUGUUGUUCUUCUACGGUGCCAAGCUACGAGCCCUCAGCAAGUUCGCUACGUAG